UGAGUCAUGUCAUGAAUAUUCAAAUUUUACGAAACUGAAUAUUUUAGGCCGAUCAACUCUUGUAUUCAGCUGCACUCCGCACAAUGGCGACCAAAUCGUGGAUUCUUUUAGUCGUUGCUUGUCUUCUAUCGUAUGUUAUAGCUGACGUCGAUGAUGAAGGCCGCGAUUACAGAGAUGUGUAUGAAUACACUGAUGAUGGGCACGACGAGGAAAAAUGCCCUGAAGUCAGUCUACCAAGUCGUCUUGUCGGCCGGUGUGAAGUGAGUGAUUUCUGUAGUAAUAUCACAUGCCAGUUGGAAGUCGCGGAGAAGCGCGCCACAGUAAUUUUCAAAAUCAACAGGUGCGAGGAUCCCAUAACAGCCACAGUCACCAUCAAGGCGUCUGGGUUUUCUGUCAAUUGGACACACACCUUCAAAGAUGGUGAGAUUAUCGAAAUCGUCCCAGCGGCUGAUCGUGGAGAAAUGAAAGUCUCUAUUUCAGUCAAGGUUGAUUUGAAAAAGGAAGGAAAAAAGCUGCAUUUUAAGCUGUUGGCAAUAGCUGAUGGACCAGCCCUCGAGCCCCAGAAACUGGGUCGCCGCACAGUGACUCUGCUUGAUGGGAAAAUUACACUUUCGACCAAACAUUGCGGGUUCAGCGCUUGGUUCAACAAACAGCCGCGUUACAUAAAGGCGUUGGUGAUUGCCGGCCCUAUCGUCGUGUUUAUCUUUUUCCUUGUGCUCAUUGCCUGUUGUUGUGCGAGAUGCAGGCGUCGUGCGCCCGCACGUUUUCAUGUUCAGCUGCCAAGUCAUCGUGCCCAGAUCUCCUCGACCAGGAGUAGGGUGCCCAUGCAACGACUGAUCAACGAAGAAUGAAUGUGCGAGAAAUGGAAAAGAAUCAUGGAGUGUUCAUAGUAGUGAAAAUAACUAAUAAUGUUUUCAGAGGAAGCGCCAAAAGGUGCGGAGAAAUACUAAAGACAAGGUCAAAAAUCCAUAACAUAUAAAAGGCUCUAAUUUAGGUAGGACCUAAGCUAGUUAAAGAGUUUACAAAUACCCGUGAAGAGAUAAACAAUUCCUUAUGUUGCGCUGCUAAACGUCGGUUGUACGAUUUAUUGUUACCAGCAAGAAGUAAUUAGUUUUAUUUCAUGAUCGAGUGUUAGGUUCCUUUUCAGUUUUGUAAUGCAUAACGUUUAACAUACGUAUACAGUCAGCGCGUAACUCUGAGCAAAUUCUUCGUGUAGAAUCAAAUCGCUAAAAUUUGCCGCCGGUUGAAUAAUAGCCAGCAGGAAAAUGUAUAUCCUUUAUAUCAAACAAUAAGAUAAGUAUACUGCUAAAGGUAACAAAAACAUUGAUAUACAAAGCAGUGUUCCUUACAUAUUCACAUAACAUUAUAUAAAUAAUGCCUAGACACAGAUGAAGUCAUUGCGAUAUUGCUCAUCAGUGUUCUUUAUCUAAAGAUAUAAUGAUUUUCAUGAAUAGAUGUCUUAAAAAGUAGCCGCUUCAGACAAGAGAGGCCUGGUUACGAGGUUACAUCCGUGAAAAAUUUGCGUGCAAAGCACGAUGGAGGAGGGCCUAGGGACGAGCGACCUCUUUUGUGGUUGUAAAAGGUCAAUUUUGAUACAUUAAAAAUCUAACUUCGCCCCGAGGCUUGAGGGAAUAAAACGAAAAAAAAAUUAUUCAUCCGUCGACCUCGAGGUGUAUUGUUUUGUUUUAUUCCCCCAAGUCUCGAAGCCAAGUUCAUCGAAAAUGGCCUAUCAGCAGCCGAGUAGUCAGGGUUCGACUCGUAUGUAAUACGAGUAAAUUUGUAAAGAUCAAAUCAUGUAUAAAUGUUAAGGUGCUAUUUUGCACGUGGUUACUUGUGUAAAAUAUUCAUUGACAAUAAAGUUGUAAAUAUCUGUACACAA